AUUCAGUUCGCCUCCAGAGACGCCAAGCCGUGGAAGACCGCAGAUUCGAACGGUUUCUCGUUGGGGUUAAAUACAGUUACAAAUAUAUAUCUACACCUAUAUAUAUAUAUAGAGAGAGAGAGAGAGUGAGAGAGGGAGAGGGAGAGUAUGGCGUCGCCGUCAAUGUUGACCAACCUGGCCGCUGUGGUCAAGGAGGCCAAGGACGAGGAGAUUCCUGUGCCCAAAUCGGAUGAUUUCUUUGAAUCGAAAACAUUCCGACUCCUCACCCUAAUCCUCUAUAUGGGCGGCGUCAGCGGCAUGGGCCUAACGCUGGCCAUGUACUAUCUAUUCAUCUGGGACUCACGCAUGCCGCCGCUGCCCGUCUUCAAGCAUACGCAUCCAAUUGGCUAAGCCGGGAUAGGGAAGACCCCUCGCCGCAACCAUCAUCGAAACCUUUUAUUUGG